UUCCUAAGGAAGUCGAAGGAAAAACCCUAAUAAGCCGACGGCGAAGGAGAGACAUUCUUUACUGCAAGAACGGAUGUCGGAAGCUAUGGAAAAUGCCGAGCAGAAACUCGAAACCCAUCAACAGAAUGAAGCUACCAUACCUUCACCUUCGCCUUCACCUUCACCUUCAUCUCCUCCCCUUUCAAAAAACGCAAAGAAGAAGCUACAAAGGCAGCAGAGGUACGAAGCUAAGAAAGCAGAAAAGAAGGCAGCCAUAAAAGAGCAGAAGAAGUUAGCAACCCAAAUGAAGAAAAAAGAAUGGGAGGACAAGCUCGCCAGCAUGCCUGAGGAUGAAAAGUUGAAAUUAGUCGAGGAAAGGAAAGGAAUCAGGAAGGAGAGGAUGGGUAAGAGAUCUGAGGAAAGGGAUAAGAAGUUAGAAAGGCUUAAAGAAGCUAAACAAUCCGGCCAAAACAUCGUUGUUGAUCUUGAAUUCUCACAUCUUAUGACUCCAUCUGAGAUGCAUAGCCUUGUUCAACAGAUUAUGUAUUGUUAUGCUGAUAAUGGAAAACGCAAUACCCCUGGCCAUUUAUGGUUAACUGGAUGUGAAGGAGAAAUGGGAACAUAUUUGAACAAACUUCCAGGUUAUGAUAAAUGGAUAAUUGAGAAAGAGAAUCGAUCAUAUAUCGAAACAUUUAAGGAUAGAAAGGGUGAUUUAGUAUACCUGACAGCUGAUUCGGAGACGGUUCUUGAUGUUCUUGAUCCGACAAAGAUAUACAUUGUUGGUGGUUUGGUUGAUAGGAAUAGAUGGAAAGGGAUAACAAUGAAGAAAGCUGUUGAGCAAGGAAUUCAGACUGCGAAACUCCCGAUUGGGAAUUACCUAAAGAUGUGUAGUUCUCAGGUGCUUACUGUUAAUCAAGUGAUGGAGAUACUUCUCAAUUUUGUGGAGACUAGAGACUGGAAAGCGUCUUUCUUUCAUGCUAUCCCUCAAAGAAAAAUAGGCGAAGCUGAAGCAACCUUCUAUGAUGAAGAGAAGAUUGAUGAAGAAGAAGAAGAUGAAGAAGAAGAUGGAGAGAAGAUUGAUCAAGAAGAAGAAGAAGAAGAUGGAGAGAAGAUUGAUCAAGAAGAAGAAGAAGAUGGAGAGAAGAUUGAUCAAGAAGAAAAUGAGGAGACAGUUGAUGAUCCUGAUAGGAAAAGGCAAUGUCUUGAAUCUGCCUCAUUAGAAGAAGAUGGAGAGAAGAUUGAUCAAGAAGAAGAUAAGGAGACAGUUGAUGAUCCUGCUAGGAAAAGGCAAUGUCUUGAAUCUGCCUCAUUAGAAGAAGAUGGAGAGAAGAUUGAUCAAGAAGAAGAUAAGGAGACAGUUGAUGAUCCUGUUAGGAAAAGGCAAUGUCUUGAAUCUGCCUCAUUAGAUUAAAGCUGAGUUUAGAAUUUCUAGGAUAAUUUUAUCAAUGACUAAGGCAUGGAACAAUUCUUAUUUUUAGAAUUUGAGUUUA